GCGCUUUGACACACAUACUCUUAUUUUCAUCCACGUGUCAGCACAGUAGCAGCUGAGCUGCUGACAUGGCUGUGUGUCAUUUCCUCUCCGCCACGAUCAUCCCUUGCUCGUCUAGACUAAUCGUCAGCCGCCACGUGUUUGACUUCGCAGCUCGCCGCCAUUGUCGACGAAUCCGCUCCCGAGCAGUUGCACGAGUCGCACAUGGUCGACCUUGGGAAUGGUCCGGGCAGAUUAUUCGUUUCAAAGUGACGUCAUCAUCUGCACGCUUGCGGGCAGCCGAAGACAUUUCAUGCUCAGACGGACUGACCGUGAAGGAUGACACGUGGCAGGCGCUGAAGCGGCUCACAUUGGGGGACGCGGCGGAGAGCUGCCCGGUUGAAGUGCGCGAUGGGGGGGAGAGGGGAGGAGGGCGGGGUCUCUUUGCCACUCAGCCAAUAGAGAAAGGACACGUGUUCCUCACUGUUCACAGGGAUCAGAUGAUAACCGGUGACUCCCUUCCUCCUCCCCUCUCAUCCCUCCUCCCUCCCUCACUCUCUGUGUGGGCUCGCAUCGCCCUCUUCCUCCUCCUACGCCCCUCUCCCUCCCCUCCUCCCACUUCCGCCACCUCUCACCGCCACCACCACAACCACUGGCAGCCGUACAUCGCGUCUCUUCCUGCUUUCAAGUCCGUGGACUCCACGGUGUGGUGGCAGGAGCACGAGAGGGCCAUGCUGCUGCCCUCUCUGUACAACGACACUCGCGAUCGAACGGCUCUCAUUCAAUCUGAGUUCGGCCUCAUUGAAACGGCCCUGGCCGAUCAUCCGCACCUGCACGCUUUCCUGCCGAACCUGACCUUCGAGCAAUUCUGCCAUGCCUACUCGCUAGUGUGCUCACGAGCAUGGGGAAUCGAAUCUCUGGGCAACCUGGCUCUGGUGCCCUAUGCCGACAUGAUCAAUCACAACCCCGGCACUCACACGCUCCUGUGCUAUGACGAGGAGCAGCAAGCAGUGGAGAUCACAGCUGACAGGGACUACGAGCCAGGGGAACAGGUGCUUGUGAGCUAUGGGGACCUGUCUAACGGUGUCCUGGCUCUAGACUUUGGCUUCGCCGUUGCUGAUAACCCCCACGACUCGGUGGAGAUGUGUGUGCUUGUAUCGAGCAGCACUACCCCCCAUAAUGCCCUACUCAACGAGGCCAAAAGGUGUCUUCUGGUGGAGGCUCAGCUGCUGCCUUCUGACACGGCUAGUGGCGCCUCGUUUGUUCUUAAGCGCAUCCAGACGCCAGCCAGCGAUGGGAGGGGCCUGCCCUUCGCCCUGCGAGCCUUGGCCAGAAUCCUCACAGCCAGCAGCAAGGACCAGCUGCAAUUUCUGCGUGACGAGGGGCGACAUCACAGUGGCACAGUGGCAAGGCGACCAAUCAGAGCCCAGGGAGGGGGCGGAGGAGGGGAGAGAGGAGAGGGGGGAGGAGGGGAGGUGGCAGGAGUGGAGGGGUGGGAGGGCAGAGCCAUGGGGCUGCUGCUGUCGCUGAUGGAAGAGAGGAUAGAGCACAUGAUGGAUGCACGGCAGGUAAUCAAGCAGAUGGCGUAUGAGGUGGACACAAGCAGGUUAGGUAUGGCUCUACAGAUAAUAGAUAGCCAGUUGGCGGUGCUGCGUUCUGUGGCUGCUUGGUUGCGGCCUCGAGCUUCUGGGGGUGGUUUAGAGCACGUGAUUUCCAAUCCAGAAGCUCGAAACGGGUGGAGUGCGCUCAGGUGAGAUGUGCUUAGGGCAGUUUGAAUCCAUGCAUAGUAGGACGUGUUGGCUCCAAGGUUGUAAUGCUAGACAAAUGUACUAAAAAUUGAUUAGAAGGGGCGGUGUUAUGAAUUAAUAAGAGUAAUAACAGGUAGUGUAAUAA